AUGUCGGGCACAUCUACACCUCGGAAACGUACCCUUGGCGAUCUAAAUGAAGGCGAGGGACCAAAUUUUGAAGAUCCUAUUGAUAUGGUUAACGCCGUGAUUUCGACGUUACAGACCCCUGUAGAGAAGACGAACGUUGCUUUAACGUAUGCUAACGACAAAAAUCUUGCUACUGAAGUACAGGCAUACGCAAAAAUAGCAGGGCAGGACUGGACAUACUAUGUUAAGUCAUUAUCGAUACCUAUUGGUAGAAAUACUGAUAACCCGGGGGGAAGUUCGCAGCCCCUUGUUGACAUUGAUUUGGGACCCGCAAAAGUUGUUUCAAGACAACACGCCAUGAUUACUUAUAAUUUAGAUUUAAGGUAUUGGGAAUUGAAGGUUUUAGGAAGAAAUGGUGCCAGAGUUGAUGGUCAGAAGGUACCAUUUGGCGAGAAUCACUCGACGCCGUUACACUCUGGUGCUAUAUUAGAUAUCGGUGGCACCCAAAUGAUGUUCAUAUUACCGGACUCUCCUCCAAAUAUACUGCAAAAAGUGCUAAGCACAUGCUUAGCGAAGUAUAAUGCUAACUUAAAUAAAUCAAAGAGAAAGUCGAUUUCUGAUUUUCCCCAGCAACACACAAUACCUAUUAAUCCAUCCAGCCAGGUUAAAAGCUUCCAAAUGUUUGAUAAAGCACAAUUGACUCAAUCUCCAUCAUCAGCAUCUGCUACCUCUUUGCAAAAUAAUUUAGAUCAAGAUUUAUCUAGGGAAGAGGCAAAGGAUAUUAAGCCUCCUUACUCUUACGCUACUAUGAUCACUCAAGCUAUUUUGUCUAAUGAUGAUGGAGUGAUGUCAUUGUCUGAAAUAUACAAUUGGAUAGCCUCUCAUUACGCAUACUAUAAAUAUUCGAAAACGGGUUGGCAAAAUUCUAUUAGACAUAAUUUGUCUUUAAAUAAAGCAUUUGAAAAGGUUCCAAGAAGACCUAACGAACCGGGUAAGGGUAUGAAGUGGCAAAUCAGUGAAUCUUAUAAAGAGGACUUUUUAAAUAAAAUUCAAAGUGGGUCGUUGCUGAAAGCAAGAAGAGGUUCAUCUGUUUCUAGACAGUUACAGUUACAUCUUGCGACUCAUCAAAAUUUACCAGAGUCCCAAAAAUACUAUGUAAAAGAUGAUCCAUCUAGAAGUAAUUCGUUUAAUCACCAAAGAGAUAAUUCUUUACCAAAAUUAGGACAACCGAUGCAAUAUCAACAAGCGCCACCAAAUCCAAUGCAACACAAUCCUUUAUCCUAUAUGGCUAACCAACCUCCUCAGAAUGGCUCAUUCGGGGUUCCUCCUCCUCGAUCAUAUGGCUACCAACACCCUCCACCACCUCAAUUAAUGUACGGAAGUCAUAUGAUGCAUCAAAACCAGAGCGAUUCCUCGUCUAUUCAACAGGUACCUGGGAACAAAAAUGAACUUUCAUCACCAAUAAGACAAUUAUCGGAUAUCAAUACCACAACUCCGAAACUACCAAAGGUUUCUGGUAAUCAUUUAUUUAAUUUACCGCCACCUCCUCCAUCCACACAUUCUAUGGGAACCUCCGCCCCACAAGCACAUCAUUCUCGUCUGAAUUCGUAUAACCAUCAGCAACAGCUAACUGAAAAUAAUUCAAAUUCUUACAAUUCCUCCACGAACAAUCAAACCAGCGAACCAAAUACAACAAAUACUAAUGCUCAAAAUGUAUCAAGUGGACCAACAAAUACUUCAGAUCUUGCUUUAGGCUUCACGAGUCCUAAAAAGAUUGCUCCAUUAGAAGCUUUUACCCCUGAAAGAGGUUCGAAAUCAUCGAGUAACAAAUUAGGUGUGGCAAAUGGCGUUAAUACUAAUCAAUCAUCACCUGCAUUCUGGAACUUUGUUCAGUUUAGUACCCCAAAUGCCCAAACCCCAUUAAAGGCUAACGAUCAGAAUAAUCAAUUAAGUCCUACGUUAAACAGAAGAGUAUUUGGAAGUAAUGGUUUUACAAAAGAGAAAAAUGAAAAGGGUGAUUUGUCACCGCUCAAACCAAGAAAUAGCCAUGACGAUAAUUCAAAGACUGACGAUGUUGAUGAAUUAAAUACACAAAAAAAUGGAGAAAUAAACGCUUAG